AGUGAAUGAUCCACGCUGACACGCUCUACACUUGUCCCAAAAGAUGCAAAUACUGAUGCUGCCGGGAGCUCGUACCGGAAUUGCACCACCGUCGUUGGCGGCAGCACAACCUUCACCGUUAUUAUUACACCGACCUCUCUCCGCCCUCAAUUUUGUCUCUUCAGUCACCUCGUCUACUCAGCGAUGUCUUUCUUUAACUUCAUCAUCGUCUCAGUUCUCGCUUCACAGUUAUCGACGUCGAAUCAGAAAACCUAAUAAACUUACUUCAGCUCCCAUAUCCGCCGCCUACGUUCCACCCAAUUAUGAAUCCGAUAAGUCAAAAUUCGCUCAGGUUUCAAAGAAAUUGGAGAAUACUUCAAGGUAUUUCAAGAGGUUGGGUAGCUUGGGAUUUUGGGGACAGCUGGCAUGUACAACAGUAGCUGCAGCCAUCCUUUCAUUUUCUGUUGUUAUUACCGGAAAGAUCUCUUCACCAGUUACAUUUUAUGCUACUGCUGGUGGUAUUGCGGCUGCUUUCCUCUCCGUGUUUUGGUCAUUUGGCUAUAUUCGUCUUUCUGAUAGGCUUCGGAAAACUGCCAAUGACCCUUCGAAGGCACCUCCUCGUGCUGAUGUCGUAAAAGGCUUGAAAAAUGGCAUUGUUUUAAACCUUCUGGGCAUGGGUGCUGCUAUUCUCGGGAUGCAAGCGACUGUUGGAACACUGGUGGCUAAGGCUCUGACUACCUCAGCCAAUCCUCUGUACCGGAGUGGGAGCAGCCCCAUCCUUGCAUUGGACGUUUUCUUAGUACAGGCAUCUGCGAACACCAUCCUAUCACAUUUCUUAGGACUUGUGUUCUCACUUGAACUACUGCGGUCAGUCACGAUACCACCUUCAGAAAGCAUCCACGUCCCCAAGGUAACAUGACCUCUUCUUCCAUUUUAAGAUUUACUUUGUGUUUUAGAGAUGAAAAACGGAUGGUCAAACAAGCGCCAUAGCUUGUUUCAUGUUUUUUGAGGGGUUGUAGUUUGCAUGUUGAAACUGGAAGUUGUAAUUUAUACAGGCAUCUUAGUCAACUGGGCCAAUCAUUUCUAGUCCUUUAAACAUGAA